AUGUGCAAACCCGAACGAAACUGCUAUUACGUGUCUGCUGGAGCGAUUGUCACUCUGGUUAUGAUUAUCGUGGGCGCUGGGUUUUCACUGAUUCACAAGCGUGCCAAUGUCACCGAUAUAUCAUUGAAAUUCUCAAACGGACUAGUGAUUCAAUUGAACAACUCGUCGCUCUUGGCUUUGGAUGUCGCUACCGGUAACUAUUCAUACGUUUUCGAAACCGACGACAUGAUAGACUUUGAUUUUUAUUCUGGACAUCGACUAUUCAUAAACACAAACAAAUCCAUUCAAACUUGUUCGGAGACCUGUAAGGGGAUCAAUGAAAAAUACCAUUUCAAUUGGAAUGCCGACGCCAUCGUGGCUGAUAAAUCCAGUCGAAAAUUGUACAUAACCGAUAGAAGCGGUGAAAACUUGUAUAUAGUCGAUAUAGGCAAUAAAUAUUACAAUGUUGUGCAUUUGGGCAUCAGUGACUUGCAGAAGAUCGUAUUGGACUCUCUGCAAGGUCUUGUCUUCAUUUCCACGCCACAAACUAUAAUCAAAGGAAACAUGGAUGGAUCAUGGUUCAGUGAUAUCGUACAAAACUGCUCGGUAUCGGCGUUCGCUUUAAACAGAAAAGAAAAAAGUCUCUACUUCGCUGAUCGUCUCUUCAUAUGGUCAGUCGAUUAUUCAGGAAAGAACAAACGAUUGGUCGCUACCACCAGAAAUCACGUCACGAAUUUGGUAUUUUCGGCCGGGAAACUAUUUUUUACGACCGACGGAGGUGCCAGCACUGCGAUGUCAUCGUGCUCGGUGAGCAAUGGCGUCUGCAGCGACAUCACGGAUACUCAUUUACCCGGGCACAUUGUACAAAUGAAAGCUUACAACUUUGCCGACUGGCUGGUCGAUAAUCCGUGCCACUACGGCUCGUGCGAGCAAAUGUGCCUUCUGAACGCCAACCAGAACUACACGUGCGCCUGCAAGCUCGGCUGGCGGCUCGCGAGCGACGAGAUUAGCUGCGAGAAAAUCCACGAGUAUCUCAUUUACAGACAGGAUAAUUACUUUCGCGGCAUCAUUUUGAACUCGACGAUGAAUCAAUUUAAAAAGGCUUUCGAACCGAUUAAACUCAACUCGAUCGCCGACGGGGCUCUAACGACUUUCGACUACGAUGCCCGUAAGAAUGUCGUCGUCUUUGCCGAUUCGCUGACACUGAGAAAACUCGAUCUGACCAGCGGCAGCGAAAAAUUCUUUCUCGAGAAUCUUUCGAGUGACGGCGUGCUCGCUCUGGACUGGCUGUCGGGUAAAAUAAUCUACGUUAGAGACGACGUAUUCGGUGGCUGCCAGCGAAUCGUGAGCCGUGGCAUCGACGACUUCAGCGAGACGGACAGCAGCGUCGUGCUCUACAAAGACUUCGAUCCUUUCGAGCGCGUCAGGUCGUUGACGGUCCAUCCCGUGCGAGGUUUGAUUUUUUUCACGAUAUUCGAAAUUACGUCGAGGCAAUCGCGAAUCAGUCAAAUGCGGGUAGAUGGGACUGAGGCGAGAUCAUUUUUCGUAGAUAAUUUUUCCGAUAAUAUUAACGAAAAUUUGCUAGCCAUUGAUUACAGAGAGGAUCGAUUGUAUUGGUUUAGCGCCGAUAACACGACUUUACAUCACACUAAUUUAGAUGGAACGGAUUUAAUUUCUUCGAACGUACAAUUUUUAAACAACCCCACAUCCGUAAAUGUUUACGAAAAUUGGGUUUAUGUUACUGAUUCAAUCGGCAUAUGGCGAGUUAAUAAAAACGAAAGCGAUAAACACGUACAGUUGAUAAAUGAUGUGGGUAUUCACAGUGCAAAAAUCUUCAGCAAAAAGCAGCAAAUAUUAGAGAAUGUCACAAACAAAUAAUCAUAACAACAAUGACUCAAUUGCAAGGGUUAUAAAAUGUCGAGGCCCCGAUGACGAAAGUUGUGCGGAGAACCCAAAUG